AUGUCAGCUCAGAAGGUGAUGCAGCAAGGAUGUCAAGCGUACAUUGCUAAUGUAAUUGAUACAAGAGUUGCAUGGAGUAAACUUGAAGAACUUUCGACAUUUGUAGUCGUUUUUAUUGAUGACAUCUUGGUGUACUCUAAGUCGAGAGAGGAGCAUGAUGUCCAUCUUCGUGUAGUUCUUCAAACGUUGCGGGACAAGAAGCUUUACGCGAAGUUUUCAAAGUGUGAGUUUUGGUUAUCUGAAGUAGCAUUCCUUAGAUACGUGGUUUUGGUAGAGGGAAUUAGAAAAAGUUUUAAAGCAUUGAAGAAAGUUUUGACUGAAGCUCCGGUGUUGGUACAACCGGAAUCAAACAAGGAGUUCACAAUUUUCAGUGACGCUUCCCAUAAUGAUGCUCUUAGUCAGAAGACUUUUACUACUUUGCGUAGUAUGAACGCUCGAUUGAUGGUAAAAGAAAAUGGUGCAUUGAUGGCUGAAUUAAGGUUGAAACCAGUGUUAUUGUAUCGAAUCCAGGAGUUACAAAAGAAAUAUGAUAAGUGUUUAUCUUGGCUUGAUCGAGUAGAGAAAGGUGGACUUGAGAACUUCGAAGUUAAGGUGUCUUCCGAUCGCCUUACAAAGACUGCACAUUUCAUCCCUGUACGGACAUACUUCUCUAUGGAGAAACAUGCGAAGUUGUAUAUCAAGGAGACUGUGAGGCUGCAUGGAAGAGAUCGUGAGGCUGCAUGGUAUUCCAAUCUCGAUAAUUUCUGA